AUGAAGUCGUUGGAGCUAUGGACCUUUAUCCUAUUAUUUUGUUCUGCUUCAUGUGAUCUAUAUUCUUCUGUCGUUGGUUUGGAAAAACUUCUGCAAACAGAAAACAAAAUCAUACAGAUAUACAGGUCUUUUGUUUUUAAAACUGAGCAACAAAUUUCAGAACUAAAGAGACAGAUCGAAAAGCUAGAAAAGGAACACAAGAAUACAACAAUUUAUGAAAAUGAUCCAUUUAUCAGUUUUCAUCUUGUUAAAAGGAUUCUAGUGGAAUGGGCUGCAGUGGAAAAUGUAUUGUCAGAUAGAUUAUUACAAGAGACUAGAGAUAAUAUAACUGAACUUCAAAUCUCUAAUGAUUUUCCAACUAAUGAAGACCUGAGUGGGACAGCAGAUGCUAUAAACUUAAUUUCUGAUAUAUACAACAUUGAAAUAACCUCUCUAGCAGAUGGCGUUAUGAAUGGUAUUCAAUAUCCCUCACAUCUAUCAGCUUAUGAUUGCUAUAUAUUGGGAAUACAAUCAUACUUGAGAAAUGAUUUUCAUCAUACUUAUUCUUGGCUGGAUGAGGCUCUGAAAAGGUUUCGUAAUGAUAGAAAUACAGCAGAUGCAGAUAUGAUAGAGAAAGCACUCGACAUUAAAGCAUAUUCAGCUUAUAAAUUGGGAGAUUUAUCUAUAGCUCUUAACAUUACUACCGAGUUAUUAAACCACUACCCAAAUAAUUCAGAAGCUCCUGGUAACAUAGAAUAUUAUAAAUAUAUGCUUAACAGAAAAGAAGUUCCAAAACCAAAGGUAAUCCAGCACAGUAUGCCAGAUUCGGACAUAGCAUACAGGAACAUUUGUAGAAAAACAAUUUUAUCUCCAGUUGAAAUAACUCCACAACUAAAAUGUCACUACGUUCAUAAUGAUGUUCCGUUUUUAAGGUUAGCUCCAUUAAAGGAAGAAGAAGCUUUUUUAAAUCCGAGAAUUGUUCUUUUUAAGGAUGCACUUUAUGAUUCGGAAAUCAAACUCUUAAAAGAAAUGGUCAAAUCAGAGUUGCAUUCAGCAUUAGUGGUUAAUACGGAGGAAGAUGGGGAUGAAAUUUAUUCAAUAAAUAGAGUAGCCCAAUUGAAUUGGAUUAAACGUAAUGAUCAUCCAAGGAUGAGGACUAUUUUGCAAAGGGCUGAAGAUAUGACCAAGCUCGAUCCUUAUUGUACUGAUUGUACUGAAGACUUACAAGUUGUAAAUUAUGCUGUUGGAGGCCUUUAUAAGCCACAUUUCGAUUCUUUAGAGGAUUAUGGACUGCGGUAUGUAGAAAAGGGGGAUAGAAUCGCAACACUACUAUACUAUAUGAAUGAUGUCGAUCAAGGGGGAGCAACUGUUUUUACUAAACUUAACAUGGGAGUGUUGCCAGAGAAAGGAACUGCACUGUUAUGGUAUAAUCAAUUACCAGAUGGCAACAAAAAAGAUGAAAGAAGUAUGCAUGGUGCCUGCCCAGUGGUGGCAGGAACUAAAUGGAUUUGUACUCUAUGGUUUCAUGCAAAAGGCCAAGAGCUAAGAAGACCUUGUGAACUAAAGCAAUGA